UGAUGAAGUCUGGCCAGGACAGUGGCUAAAGAAAGUACUGGUGUUGCUGGGGAUGCUAAGAGUGACCUGCAGGAAGGUCUGAGACAGGGAGUGGUGUCCUUACUGGGAAUGGCUGUGGUUUGCCGCUUAGGGCGUGCUUUGGUGGGUGAGGAACCCUGGCUGUUGAGAGCUGGAGGUUUGGGAUGUGGAGCGCAGGCGAGGUUGCAGUUUGGGAGGUGUUACGGUACAGGGAUCAUCGCAGAAGUGGCCUCCACUCAGUUGCAGUGAUGGUUCCUCGUGGUUCCUCGGUGUGAUUAGUCACGAUCUGCUUUUUCUCUUAGGGCAGCUGUGUGCUUGUUGGUUUCAGUGCGAGGAGGAGUAAGGCAGAAAGUUGGCUUUUAAAGGCUACUGUAUAAAUGGAAACUUGCUUAAAAACUCCCAAAAUGAACCAGUCAGGUUCUGACUCAGAACUGCAGUUAGUAUAUAAAGAAGGAAAAAAGAUAAACCCACCACUAGAAGCAGCCAGAAAACUCUAUCUCCUUAUGACUCAACAUGUAGAAAUACUUAGAUUUAAUGAACUCAACUGUUGGAAAAAAGAGACUGGUUGGAGUUAAGGUAGGAGUACGUAUCGGAGUAUGUAUCUGUGUACAUAUGGACGUGCAGCCAGGAAUGUAGACCUUCUUACAUAGGGUCUGUUUGUGACGAUUUUACAUCUCUCAUACACGUUCAGGUUUAAUUACCUGCAAAUAUCCAUCAUUCUUUCCCACACAGCAGUACUCAAAUGUUCUUCCUCUAUCAGAGCGGAGCUGAACUGUGAUCGCAGCCGGUUUACUUGCUCCUGGACUUUGCCCCAUGGUGGAAUGCUGUGCUGGUUAACUGUUGUGAGGCCUGGGAGGGAGAGCCGGGCGAUGCAAGGCUUGUGGAAAGGCAUGUUUCUGUCCUCGCUUUAAGGAAGAUGAUCCACAGCUGAAAAUGUAGCUCUUGAGAUAUUGUAGUGCAAGCAGAUAAUUUUUGUAAAUGAUGUAGGUUGUGUAUUUUGAUAGUAUCUUUGGAGGAGAAAAAACAUUGUCAGUGAUGUACCGUUACUGAACUAGCAGAGAGGAGCUCUGUGUUGUCUGUUGUAUUUGGAUUGGUUUGAUAGCUUCUUUGCCUGUUAAAGAGUUGGAGAUUGAAAACAGCUCUGUCUAAACAUUGAAAAAGAGACCUAAUGGCUUGAGAAUCUGGGGUAGAAGUUACUCUUUUUGACGCAUGUAGAUUGCAGUGCUAGAUCAGGCUGGCACCUAUUUAGGCCAGUAUCUGGCUGAUGCAUAUCGUAAGAGGGUAUAAAAUACCUUUAUAGUUGGCUUUGGUGGUAUCUCGUGGCUCACUUUGCUAAUUGUGAAGGGGUAAAGGAGUCUUAAAUCUCUUGAUCCUUUUUACUGUUACAGCACUUGAGACACUGGGUUGCAGUUUCUAUUCAGGUCACUGUUACGCGUACCUUUUUGUUACCCCUUGUUUCUCUCUGUUCUCUACCAAAAAGUUACAUUCUUUUUGGUCUCUUACACUGAAAGUCUGGCUCUGCUCGAAAUAAUGGGCUGUGGAUUUUGACAAUUGAGACUUUGUGGAGGUGCAGUGAAAUUUAUCAGUGAGCUUCAGUUUCAGUUGCCAGACUGAAUUUAACUGCCACAGCAGCAUAGAAAAGGAGCCAACUCUCCACUAAGUCAUUUUUCCAGCAGAGGUAUAUGGCAAAUUCAAAUAAGUGAGAUGAGUAAGAUGCAAGUAAUUCAACUCUGUAACUUCAUGGAAUAAUAUCCCUGUUGGUGUGUGAUUUGAAAUUGCUUUUAAGUCCAGCUUGACUUGUUAAUGUUUUUUUGGUGGGGCUUUUUUUUUGAUACUUCAUCUUAAAGUGUGAGAAUAUUUAGUCUGACUUGUCGGGGAAGCUGAUGAUCUAGCAGGACCGUGUUUUUGAAAGCCAGCCGUUGCUACAGCUUAGACGACUCAGCAUUCUGAUUUUUAGGAAUGAGUGUUAGUGUCACAUACUCAUGAACUGUUGUCUAAAGUAACUUUUGAUUUUACUUAAAUGCAAUUCUGUGACUUUAACAGGAUAAUGGCUUAAAUUUCUUUUUAUUAGCGGGGCCUUUUGGUUUUGACUUCAAACACUUUUAGUAACUUUAAACUUUUUGGGCAUGGUAUGCAAAUAACAUUCAAAUGUGUCCUCUGAAGGGAUUUAAAAAACUAAAUAGUGGGUGGGGAAGGCGUUGAAAAAAUUCUAAGUCUCAGAACAGCAUUUUUAACUACAAAGCAGGUUCUAUUUCACAGGAAAGAAAAGAUCUGAAACAUAAAGCAUGCACGCCUAUCAAUUCUUUCUGAAAGAGCUAAUGCAGUAUCUAAUCACUUCCCACUGCUGAGCUCGCCAGGAUGAUGAUCUCUCUGCAUCGAUGCCUGUGUUGGAUAUAGUGGUUUGACCUCGCCCAAAUUUAGGGAUGGCAGCUAAACUUUUUCUGUGUAGUACUCAGUUUUGAGUUUUGCUGCAGGACUGGUGUCUCGCUGAGUAGUCUUGCAUGUUACCUUUGACGAUUCUGUUUCCUGAUGUGUCACUUUUAAGUUGAGACUUCUUUAAUCUCGCCUUCUUUUUUUUUUUUUUUUCUUGCCAAAGCAGAUCUCUAUCUGCUGCCGUGGGUUUUAUGGCCCAGGACUGGGUUAGUGCAAAAGGAAACGAAUGAGUCACCCGCAGAACUUGUCAGCAGGCUGGGAGGGAGCUCCGCGGCGGGGGUGGAUAGGGUGGAACAGUAAAAUUUUUGACCUCACCCCUCUCUAGGCACGUGUCAUUCUGAGCAAGCUUCUUUCAGAGAGCACUCAGGAAUUUUUUCCAAGUAUGUUAGUUCCAGAGUUUCUUUUCUCUGUAUACUAGGAGAGUAUAUUUUUUAAAAGAUGGUUGUUUCAGUUCUCACUAAUGUGUGAUUCCACUGUUUUAAGGCUAAUUUUGCAAGUCUUGGUGAAUUUUUUCACUUGAAAAGCACAUUGUGCUCCAUUCGAAACAGGACGUUUUGACAGUGUACGGAUAGAACGUGGGUCAAUGCAGGGAGGGUAAGUGAAAUGUGACGUACGCGGAGUGUCAGGAAAAGCCUGGCUGGGCUGCAGCAUCGUAUUGGAAUGGUAAUUUUUAUGGGAUCAAGUUGUGUACUGUCAGUGUGCUGUGGUGCUGAUUUCAUGUGUAUUAAUGCAAACCACGAGAGUGAGAUGUUUUAUAGAAGAGGAGAAAUUCAACAGCUCGUGACCUGACUUCAUUAACAUCAAAUGUGGAUUCCCACUUACAGGAACAAAAUUAGUUGAGAUGGUUUGAAAAUAGUGAUCUUCAAAACACUGAAGUAUUCUUUUAAUACUGACUGACAAAUUAGUGGGCUUUGCUGCGCAUCCUGUGCACUGGGUUAUUUUGAAAGGUGAUCCAAGUGACCUUUCCAAAGGUAUCCGUGUUUUGCAAUCUCUGGAAGCUGCAGCUGUUGCAAGCUGUUUCGCGGUCUCAGUGUAGCUAAGGCAGGACUUUUACUGGUGUGUUUUAAAGGAGAUGGUGGAACCAGGAAUUCCUUAUAAUGCCGUUAGACCUCUCUCCCUGAACUUGUACAGGCUCAAUACCGAAGAACAAGUGACUUGCCCUAUUGAAGUAUCUAAUUUAGGAGUCAAUGCAGUGAUAGAGGAGGCAGCCAUGGGAGAUGAGUUUUGUAGAUGUGUUGGAUUUUUACUUAAGACAAUCUCAAGUGAAGCUUCUGUCAAGUCAGGAAUUCAUUUAACUGUUCUCUCUUAAUUAGUUAAUCACCCUGAUUUAUUUAUGCUGGUUAAUACAGCUGUCCUUCACUUACAUUUUAAGCAUAUCCUUGCAUGUUCAUAGUAUUUUGAAAGACAUUCUUCUCAAAUUGGCCUCAUUAGGCUUUAUCAGGCUCUCUUGCAGUGAAAGGCUGUGAGAGGUGGGGAGCUCGCAGUGCUGUUAGUUGUAACUUAAGUCCUGUCUGUAGGUGCAGAGACUGUCACAGCUUACUGAACUUGGUUGUGUAGAUAGGCAUCUUGAUUGAUGAUUAUUCCCUGAUAAUGAAGUUAAACAACAUCAGGAACAGACUCCCAAGCAUAUCUAGUUGUUUUCACACACGAGUGGCUCUUGCUUGGCUUGUUUGUGCUGCUGUCUCUGCUUUUUCUCCUCCUCUGGUGCCUGAUGGAGCUAUCGCACCUCAUUCCUAGCGUUGAUGUGUUGGAUACUUCUGCUCCCUUUCUGAGGCCAGCCACGUAAAGCAUGUUGUAAUUUUUUGGUUUCUCUCCAUGUGCUAUCUCACUUUCUAAGUAUAAAAAGUGGAUGGUUAAUUGGCUGAAAAACUAUUUUUGGUUUUAUAGUGUGCAUAGACCCAGUCGCUAUUUAUUGUCAUCAGUCUGAUAGAGCUCAGUUCUCUCAGGAUUUUGAACUGCAAAUUUGCUUGCUGAUACAGGGAGGAAGAAAUCUUGAAGUAUUUACUGGGGGAGAUCAGAAGAUGUAGACAAUAGGGUUUUUCUUGUUUUUCAUUUUCUUAAUUAGAAGCCUGGUUUUUCUUUUUAAGCUUCAGCUUAACAGUUAGCAGUUGAAAGUCAUGGGAGGAAGGGGUAUAUGUGUCAGUAACCAAACCCUUUUAAAAAUAGGGUGAUGUGCUACAUAAACUUCUUAUCCUUCUGGAAAUCAUUUUUCAGACUUAAAUACAGUGCUUUACACUUUUAAUCACUCCUUAGCUAUUAGCUAAUUAAAUACUUCAGUAAUAUUCCUUUGGGGAAGGUAAGGUGGUGUCAUUCCUGUUCUGCAGACGAGUUGAGCUACUGAAAGUGGCUUGGCCAAGGUCAGACCAUGAGCAGCUGCAGAUCUGAGAGUAGGACUUGAGUUGGCAACUCCCCUGCCAUACUUAAUUUACUGGAACAUAUCAUCUCCAGGUGUCCUCUCUUAACAACUUGGUAAAUAGUUUUUACAAAAGACUUUUAAAAUAAUCGGGUUGAAAUUCCCUCUUUGAUUUGCUUGAGGGAGGAGAAGUGUAACCAUAAUGACCUGAUCUGCUACAACAGUGCAAAUAGCACUGGAUGAGGCUCUUCCAACCAAAUUAUUGGUGCUGAAAAGAAAAAUGUUUAAAGGAUUUGUUUAAAUAUGACACAAUAGCUCUUCCCCUCACGAUGGUGUAUUUUGUAAUGCUGUAAGCCUCUGGUACUCUGGAUCCAAGCUUUGACCUCCCAUGCCGAGAUCUGUUGACUGCUGUUUUUAUUUAAAUGGCCUUGUUAGGUCCUAAAAAGUUCAUUUUGAAACUCUUCCUGUAAUGUAAGUCUGCAGGUUUCUCUCCAGGACAUAUUGGUGACUGGGAGUGUAUGUUCAAAUGGGGGAAAACCAGACCAGUAUUUGCCUGAAAAAAGACUUUCUUGCUUCAGGUUUUACAGGUGUUGGACACAUGUGGAUGCUGUAACUUCAGUCAUUCUGUUCCUGGUACAUCAUAGUUACGGCAGAUUGUAAUGCAUUUUAACAAAGCCUUUGCUUUGAGAUUCAGUAGUACACAUGAGGGAGUUGUGACAAAUGUGCAAGCAUUGACAAGCGUAAGGACUUGAGUAUGAUGUGUUUAGAUGGGACGCUUCCAUCUGGGGUGAGACUUAAUCCUGUAGUCAUUACACUGAUAAAAUAUUCCAGGAUUCAUUUCUGAAAUUUGUAUUUCAGUCAGUCAGGGUAAGAACUGCGUUAAGGUCGGGGGAGGUUAUUGAAAACAUCUUUGUUCUUGCCUCUGGCAACCUAAUUAAUGUAUUUUUUUGGCAUUGAAAGCUGUUCUUUAAGGAAAUAAUUGCCAUUCUUUGGGUGAUUUUUGACUUCGUGUCAAUGAAAAAAGGUGUUCUGUUGGAAUAUACGUCGCACAUUUAUGGCGAUUCUGAGUGUGAGGGCAGACUUCUGCCAGGCCCAGCACAGCAUCCUGGCUGACAAGUGAGCUGAGUGCAGGGGGUUCUACGUGCCAUAGUUACUUUGCCUUGAAGACUCCAGACGCAGCGAACACACUCAAAUAUAUGGGAUAUCUUCUGCACAUUGGAAGCAUAUUCCUUUUACUGACUCUAGCAAAACUAAGCAUCAAGAAAACAAAGUGGAGAGAAAAUCUGCCCUUACUUUUUUGCCUCACCAGUGCCUAAAUGUAGAACAGGCUGCCUAGUCUUGCAUGUAGUCAGAAUUUUUGGAGUCUGAAGGAUACCACCUGCAGUAAUUGAGGCCAAAGUUGAAUUCAAGCGGAUUCUGAAGCAAACCUGCUUUUCUAGAAGCGAAUUCUUUAAGGAACAAACACGUCAAAGCAAGCUCUGAUCAAUCCCAGGCAUUUUAGUGGUCUUUUUAAUGUUUUCUGCUGUGAAACGUUUCCAAGGUUAUUGAUUUUUUUUUAGUUUUUUUUGGCCCCUUACACAUUUUUUUUGCCAUUAUGAACCGUCCAGCCCCCGUGGAAAUUACUUAUGAGAGUAUGCGUUUCCUGAUCACUCACAACCCGACCAACGCAACCCUCAGCAAGUUCAUAGAGGAGCUGAAGAAGUACGGAGUGAGAACCUUGGUGCGAGUUUGUGAUGCCACUUAUGAUCAAGCUCCUAUCGAAAAAGAAGGAAUCCAGGUUCUAGACUGGCCAUUUGAUGAUGGAGCACCACCCCCGAAUCAGAUAGUUGACGACUGGCUAAACCUGUUGAAAACCAAAUUUCGUGAAGAGCCUGGAUGCUGUGUUGCAGUUCACUGUGUUGCAGGGUUGGGAAGGGCUCCUGUCCUGGUUGCACUUGCUCUCAUUGAAUGUGGAAUGAAGUAUGAAGAUGCAGUUCAGUUUAUAAGGCAGAAAAGGAGGGGAGCUUUCAAUUCCAAACAGCUGCUUUACCUUGAGAAAUACCGACCUAAGAUGCGAUUACGCUUCAAAGAUGCCAACGGUCACUGCUGUGUUCAAUAAAAAAAAGAUCUCAAACGAAGGCAGAAGUUAGCAUGGCUGUUUUCUGGACUCUUGGCACCUGGAAAUGUGAAUCUGGAAUCAAACUACGUCAUCAAAUUAGUGGUGGAGUCAGUGCUCCUCAACCUCUGUCCUAAUGGUGGUGAUGAUGAUUGAAAAAAAAAAUAAAAAUAAAAAAAAAUUAAGAGAAACAUUUCAGUGAAGGAUUGUUUUCUCCUUAAGCUGCAGUUUGAACAUCUGCAAGGAGAAAAUCAGUUUCUGAACCUUCUGUAUUUUUAACUUUUUAAGAAAAGAAAUAAAGUAAAUUUUAUGUCUAAGGAAAACCA